AUGACCAAUAGUAUCGAGCAACAACAAGAACAACACGAUUACUGGACCGAUCUGGCGAGCAUCAUGCUCGAUCGCGUGAUUGGCAACCAGUACCAGCUUCUCGAAGAAUUAGGCCGAGGUUCCUAUGGCGCCCUUUAUCUUGGCCAAUCAGUGGACAAUGGCGAAUACGUUGCUGUCAAAGUACUUGCCAAGAACGGUCUCGACCACCAACAACUCCAACUUCAACAACUUGAAGCCGACAUCCAAUCCGAACUCAAGCAUCCUCAUAUUUUGGCGUUACAGCGUGUGAUUCAAGAGGAGCAAUACACUUACAUGGUGAUGGAGUUGUGUGACCAAGGCGAUCUCUUUGAUUUCGUGGUACGACAACAAGGCCCUAUGGAUGAAUCUCUUGUCAAGAGCAUGUUUAUUCAAAUCCUGGAUGCUGUUGAGUACAUGCACAGCAAGAACGUGUUCCAUCGUGACAUCAAGCUCGAGAACAUUCUCCUCAAAUCGGAUGCUCUUACUUGCAAAGUAGCUGAUUUUGGAUUGGCUACACGCGAACGUCUUUCCAUGGAAUAUGGUUGUGGAUCCAGCACCUACCUUGCACCUGAACACUUUGCUGAUGGUGACGACAAGGAGAACGAGGAUGAUGUCCCUUAUGAUGCAGCCUUGUCCGAUGUAUGGAGUUUGGGUAUUCUUUUACUCGCCUUGUUGUAUGGUCGUAACCCUUGGCAGGAGGCCACCUCCAUGGAUCACGCUUUCCUUGCUUUCAAGCGUAACCCUGCCAUGCUCAAGGAUCAACUCUUCCCAACCUUGUCCAUGCCAUGCCUUCAUCUUUUGCAAUCCACUCUUUCUAUUCAUCCUCAAGACCGUUUCUCUGUCUCUGAGCUCAAGCAUCAAUUCAUGAACAUCAAGCAUCUCACAACCACCUCCAUGGAUAGCACUGUGGAUGAUAACCAACUUCGCUCCGCUGUCGACAUUCCCGCUGUUUGUCACAAGCCUUCCAAUCGUGCAAGCUUCGAUUCCGCUAUCUUCAGUGCUACUACUAUGCCCACUGGUUCUUGGUCUGAUAUGGUGGAAGAAGAUGAAUUAUGGGCUGAACAACACCAUGACGACGAUGCAAGUAUGGCUUCCUCUCACUCUCACGCCUCUUCUUCUGCUCAUGCCUAUGAUGAUGACGACGAAGACGACACCGACAUGUUUGUACACCAACACGAAAAGGAGUCGUGGUGGAUAUGA